AGUAUGGUAUGCUGGGCUACUUGAAAUAUGGCAGGCUAGAUUGUAUAUAAAAUGACCUUACGCCGCAGUGAGAGGCAUCCGCAUCUCACUUGCUUCAGAGAUUUAUCUUUUGCAUUGGUAUCUUCAUCUACACGCCUUGAGCUUCAGGCCGUGGCAAUGGCUGCUUGUGGUCUGAAUUCCAGCGACAAGAAAAUUAGUCUGCUGAUGCGGCUUACUGCGCCAUUGAAGAAAAUAGGCAGGAUUCCUGCUUUGUGGGAAAGACACGCAUGGAGUAUCGGAAGAGAAGAUCCAAGGAGAGCUAUUCAUGCUCUUAAGGCUGGGACAGCUCUCGCACUGGUCUCGCUCUUGUAUAUACUGGAACCUUUCUUCAAAGGAAUCGGAAAGAAUGCAAUGUGGGCUGUCAUGACCGUAGUUGUCGUGCUUGAAUUCACUGCAGGAGCAACCAUAUGCAAAGGCCUGAAUAGAGGGUUAGGAACGGUAAUGGCAGGCUCUCUAGCAUUUCUCAUUGAACUUGUAGCAGCGAGAUCCGGGAAGGUUUUCCGUGCUUUCUUCGUGGGAGCUUCGGUCUUUCUGAUAGGAUUCGCUGCCACAUAUCUGAGAUUCUUCCCGUCGAUUAAGAAGAACUACGAUUAUGGGGUAGUGAUUUUUCUGCUAACCUUCAAUCUGAUAACAGUGUCAAGCUUCCGCGAAGAGGAUGUGAUGCCUUUAGCGAGAGAUCGCCUAAGUACUAUCGCCAUUGGGUGCGCAAUAUGUCUUUUCAUGAGCCUCUUGGUAUUGCCAAACUGGUCUGGAGAAGACCUCCACAAUUGUACUGUUCGCAAAUUUGAAGGAUUAGCAACAUCAAUUGAAGCUUGUGUGAAUGAGUAUUUCCGAGAAAAAGACAAGGACGGUAACGUUCUUGAUGAGCAGGCAGCAGGAGCUUCCAUUGGCAUCGGUUAUAGAGCAGUCUUGGACUCAAAAUCAAGUGAUGAGACCCUAGCACACUAUGCAAGCUGGGAGCCAAGACACUCGAUGCGUUGCUAUAGUUACCCGUGGCAAAAGUAUGUGAAGCUCGGAUCCGUACUCAGGCACUUUGCAUAUACUGUUGCUGCGCUUCAUGGAUGUCUAGAAUCUGAGAUUCAGACUCCGCCAUCCGUGAGAUCGCUGUUCCGAGAUCCAUGCACAAGAGUUGCUCGAGAAGUAGCCAAGGUUCUGCAGGAGCUUGCACUAAGCAUAAGAAGCCACCGUCGCUGUGCCCCUGAUGUGCUAUCCGAUCAUCUUCACGAAGCGCUUCAGGAUCUGAACUCGGCUAUAAGAUCACAGCCACGGCUCUUUCUCGGCUCCAAACAUGCAUGUGCUGCCAACAGACGUAUGCUGAUGGAACUAAACUCUGGGAAGCAUACGGCGUCAAGAGCUACUCUUCAUUCAUUCAAGACUGAUACAGCAUCACUAUCAGAAAGAAAGAACACCAAGACAGAUCAACCACCGGAGCGCAAUGAGAGGAGCAUGUUACGGCCGACACUUAGUAAGAUCGCCAUCACGAGCCUUGAGUUUUCUGAAGCACUUUCAUUCGCCGCAUUUGCGUCAUUGCUGGUAGAGAUGGUAGUACGACUGGAGCUGGUUAUAGAGGAAGUGAAGAACCUGGAGGGAGCCGCGAACUUCAGAGAGUUCACUGGGCAUGAUCAUCUGAUCAUUGAUCUCACCAACCAGGAGAAGAUGAGAAACACUAAUGGUGCACCAUUAUACCCAGUUUCUACUGCAGCUGAGUAAGGGCUUACUGAUGGAUCCAGGCAGCAGUGUAUCAACCACUAUGAGAAGAGAGUGACAUGUAUUAAUUUUUUUAGAAAACAUGAACCUUGGGCUCCCAAUAAUAGUUCUUAGAGCAAAGGUUUCAUGUAACUUAAAAGUUUCAACCUACCACUGAAUUAUUUGUUGACAUCCAAAUAAUUGGAGCUAGAUGGUUUCAAAUCUGUCACGUGAAUUGUAUACCACCUAUUUUUUU